CGUUAAUCUUAUCGAGCUUAAAUUAUGCGCUGGACUUUAAGAUUACAAAGAAAAAAAAUAUUUAGGCAAUAUCUGAUAAGCGGUCUCGUUCGAAGGGUUUCUCUGGGAACCAGCGAUAAGUUACGGAGAACCUCUACCCACCAAGCUACACGUUCAGCUCGGCUACGACGGGAUAUGCAUUAUCGACGGAGACGAUGACCACAAAAUCAUACUUCCAGAAUCGUCGGUGCGAUUUACCGCCUUGCUUUUGGUAUCGCCUAAAACCGGAGCGUUGUGCAUCUCCCCACUCAUCUCUGCUGGUCAUUUCUGUUUUCUAUCCUGCUUAUUUCAUGUUAGCCACGUAAUCUAUGGAAAAAGCAUAAGUGAUCGUUUCACGUCGUUUUGCUUAUACUGAUACAUCUCUGCUGAUAGUUAUUAGAUAAAAUCGGUAUUUUUUUCAAUUUAAUGAUGCGAGUAAUGUCGUUGUUUAAUUAUGUGACUGAAUCGAUGGCGUAAUUAUGUUAUUUUAAGAUGUGGUUCUUUUAUGUGCUAAGUUGGAUUUCUCUAAUUGUGCAGCUAUGUUUUGGCACGAUUUCCAUAGCUGCAGGCCUUUAUUACAUGGCAGAAUUGGUAGAGGAAUAUACAGCAAUAUCCAAGAGAGUGAUAAAGAGUUUUAUACUUGGAACGUUUUUCAUACAUCUAGGUUUCCUACUCUUUGAAAAUCUACCAACUACAAUGGUAAUAUGUGGAGUAGCUGCACAAGUUGCACACUUAUUCAUUCUCCAAACCUUUCCCUAUGUUUAUAUUACUUCACCAGCAUUCAUCGUGGCUAUAAUAAUGCUAGUCAUCAAUCAUUACUUAGCGUUUACUUACUUUGCCUCUGUGUAUUAUAACUUUUCUGAGGUAAUGGCAUAUUUUACGCUAUGCCUGUGGUUGGUUCCAUUUGCACUGUUCGUUUCUCUAUCAGCUAAUGAAAAUGUACUUCCCACAGUAUCAGAGACUACACCACUUAUAGAUAACAGUGAUGUAGUAAGCAAUUAUUUCUCUAGAAGGCAGAAAAAAUAUGGUUUACUCUCUUUCUUCAAUUACGCCAAGGAAUCAAUUCUUCCUCAACGCAAUAAGAAGUCUUUUUAAGAAUGCAUUGGGAAUUAUACAUCGAGUUGACGUACGCCUUUGGAUUGCAAAUUAAAUCAAUAAUUUAUCUAUCCUUUUUAUAAACCAGCGUCGUUAGGUAAUUAAGAAUACACAGAACUGCAAAUAUUAAUUGUAUCAAAUAAGAAAUUGAGGCAGGAGUGUACAGUAGCACGUGAAGUUCGUUUUUACUAGCAAGAAAAUAUUUGUGUAGAAUAUCAAAAUGCCCUGUUUUUCAAAUAAACGUCAAAAAAUUCACCACUUA